AUGGAUAUAGAUAACAGCAAUAUCCACGAACAAAAUCAAUUAUUAAAACCACAACAACAGAAGAAAAGAUCUCAUGGCAAUCGAAGAGAUCAACGAUUUCGACGAAAAUGUCGUCAACGUGGAAUGAGAUCUGCCAAAAUAGAGAAGGUACUCCAAAAACUAAAGCAUGUGAAAAAGAACAAGAAGAAGAAAAGUCGAGUGGAAAACUAUAUGGAAGAAAUGGUACAAUAUGAUCGAGAUUCAUCAAUAAUAGUACCAUCUACUAUAUUAAAACAAUCAACAACAACAACAACUGUCACAGAUUUGAACAAACGUAAACGAAAUAUGUCAUAUCAAGGUUUAAAUUCAUAUUCUACAAUGCCAAAAUCAGCAAGUUCAAUAUCUAUACUGCAACCAUUAACGAAAAAGACCAAGCAACAUAUGACCACAACAGUAGUACCAAUAAUAGUUGAAAAUAAUAAUAAUAACAACAAAACUAUGAACCAAAUCUAUCGACGACCAAUGUAUCUGAAACGAUCAACUUGGAUGUUAUUUCAAUCUUUAAGUAAUAUAUUAAAUCAUCCAUUAAAUGAACAAAAUAAACAACACUAUAUUUAUACACGUCUGGAGAUAUUGGAUCAAAAAUAUUGGUUGGAAACGAAUGUAAAAUUAUGGGAAGCUUUCUUAGACAUCGGUAGUAGAGAGCACCAAUGGCCAAAUAAAGUUCAACAAAUGUCUCAAACAGAUAAUUUCGAAUUAUGUCAUCAAUACAUCAUGAAUUAUAUAGAAGAUUUUAGAAAACAAAUCAAUCACUGUGAAAAAGAACUAACAACACAACUUACUUCAUAUCCAAUAAUGCCUAUCACAUUUCAACAAGUUGAUACUUGUUUGAAUGAAUAUGUCGAUUCUCAACGAAAAUAUUUAUUAAAACGCAAUAAUGACCAAUUGACUGAAUUUCAAAAUGAUAUUAAUGCAAAUAAAUUAUAUGAAACAAUUAUGAAGUCGCAUCCUAAUAUGAAUCAACAUCAAUACAUUGAUCAAUUACUUAAUAUCCGACAAAAGCAAAUGGAGAUUUUCGAAGAACUUUUACAGUUCGAAAUGCACAUUCUUUGUAAGUUUCUAUCAUCUGAAUAUGAUCAUCUAGAAAAUGUAGUGGCACCAGUUACUUAUACACCUUUGAACAGUAAACCAAAAUCUGUUGAAUUAAAUAAUAAACGUUACAAAAUAAUACAAGAUGCAAAACAUCAAUGGUUACAUAUCUCUUUAUCUGUCUAUGAAAUUAAACUACAAGAAUACAAUCAACAAUAUGAACAAAAUGUAUUAGAAUUCGAAUCUAAACUAUCAAAUUAUACAAGUACAUCUGGAGUGUCUUUAUUGACUGAUACUCAUCAAUAUCUAGGAUAUCGAACAAAUCAAUUAAAACAAUCAAUUUUAAACAAAAUGUCUGUUUUUCGUAAAAAAUUACUUCAACAUCGUCAAAACCUGUCAGCAAAUAAUCCUAUUAUUGGUGUAUCACCUGAGCCAUAUCUUGAUCUCGAUUAUAAUCCAUUUACUAAACGUGAAUGGCAAUAUCUUUCACUUGGUCCAUCUUAUAUACGACCAAAUCAAAGUGCACUUCGGCCUCGAAAACAACAACUAAUUGAAAUUAAAAAUGGACACAAAGACAUAUUCUCUAAAGUACAAAAUAAUCUGGUAGAAUAUCAUCAUAUACCAAGAACACAUGCAAUUUUUCAAGAAUAUUCUCAUGAACUAUUGAAUUAUUUGAACAAUUGUUAUAUGACACCAUUACCAUAUAAAGAUCACAUUCAAGCUCGAGAACAAUCACAAAUUACUGUGUCUAUUCGGAAUAAAAUUAAACAAAACAAACUUAUUAUUCGUGUUACUGAUAAAAGUAAUAAUUUUUACAUUGGAUCAGCCAUUGAAUUUGAAAAGAAAGCUCAACAAUAUUUCAAUGAUACAGAUGCUUUUACAGAAUUAGCAAUAAAUCCAUUGAAUGAAAUUAUGAAUAAAGUUACUCAAAAACUAAAUUAUUUUCAUUCGAAAAAACUCAUCUUGAAAUGGCAAUAUGACGAAAUGUUACCUAAUCGAACAACAGUUGAAUUAGCUCAUUUAUAUUUCAAUCCUAAAACACAUAAAGAUAAUAUUCCAGUUCGACCCAUUGAAAAUACAAUUCAUGCACCAACGACAAAUAUAUCCAAGUUUUUAGAUAAAAUUCUACGACCAAUAUUCGAUGAUAAAUGUGCUUUAACAACGAUUAUUGAUGGUGCUCAUCUAAUCACUGCCAUGAAAACAUAUGCAAACAAAGGUCUCUUAAAACCAACAACAUUUUUCUGUACAUUUGAUAUUCGUAAUUUAUACACAAUGUUACCUCAAGAUGAAGCAUUGAAUAUUCUUAUUGAAUUUCUCUAUGUACAUGGAUAUCGCAAAGUAAAAGGAAUGGCACUUGAUACAAUUCGAAAGUUAGCAACAAUUGUAUUGAAAGACAAUGUGUUCGUCUAUGGUAAUAAAAUCUAUCAGCAAAGAACAGGUGGUGCAAUGGGUUCAUCAUUUACUUUAACUUUGGCUAAUAUAUUCAUGUGGAAAUGGCAAAAGGAAUUUGUUCGUCGUCAAGAUAUAACAGGUGAAUUCUACGGCCGAUAUAUUGAUGAUAUUUUCAUUACAUGGAAUAAAUCUGAACAACAGCUACGAAAACUGUUAGAUGAAGCAAAUCAAUGGCAUCCGAAUAUCAAGUUAGAGUAUAAAAUUAGUCGUAGUCUUCCAUUUCUGGAUGUAUUAUUAACUAAUCAUAAUGGCAUUCUUCUUACAUCAGUGUAUCAUAAACCAGCUGCUGAACCAUAUGUCGUACCGUUUAGUUCGGAUCAUCCUCGACAUACAUUUGUUAAUAUUAUACAAACAUCUCUGAAAAGAGCUGUUCAAUAUUCAUCAACAUUUGAAGCAUUCAAUGAUGAACGACGUCGCAUCAAACUAAUGCUAUUAUAUAAUGGUUAUCCUUCAUCCUUCAUUGAUCAACAAUUUCACAAGUUUUUUAAUGAAUACAUUUACGCAACAUCAAUAUUAUCAUUUAUUGAAAAUGAAUCACAAUACUAUCUCUUACAUCAUGACAUACUCGGUCAACCAACACCACAAAAAUCACAAGUAGCAUCGAGAGCUACUAUGGCGGAUGUUGAUAAUGAUCAAGCGAAUGCUACUACAGAAACUAUAGCAAAAGAAUCAAUCAAAAACAUACAAAACAAACCGAUUAAUUAUGCUGAUCGACUGUUUCUUCACUAUACUCAUGAGAAAAGGUUUCAUCCUCUUAAACGAGGCAUGCACCAUGUCUACGAGAAAGUCUACAAAUAUACACCAGCUAUGGAUCUUAAAUUAAUUGUGGGUAAUCGUAAUCGUCGUGACGCAACACAUGAACUAGUUCGAAAACGACCAAAACGAUCUUUGUUACGAUGCAAACAGAUAAAACAGAAAUACAUUAAACUAUUGAGUAAGACAAACCUUUUCUAUUCAUCAAUCUUUUCCAUGUCAAUUUCUCUUAUAUAA